AAAAAGACUUAACACGGAAAAUAUUUCACAAAAAGAAAAUAAAUUAUAAAUAAAAAUGCCAGAAGGAUACGAUAAUUCUGCAUAUAUUUCGGAUGUACUAAAUGAAAAAGUAUCAAAAAAUAAAAUGUUUGAAACAGAAAAUGGAAUUCCUAAAACAGAGCAAGAUCGAGAUAAUUGGGGAAGUGGAAUUGAAUUCAUUUUAUCAUGUAUAGCGAUGAGUGUGGGUUUAGGCAAUGUGUGGAGAUUUCCAUUUAUAGCCCUCGAUAACGGAGGAGGAGCAUUUUUGAUUCCAUACAUAAUAAUUUUGGUUUUGGUCGGAAAACCAAGCUAUUAUCUAGAAAUGAUUAUUGGACAAUUUUCAUCACGCGGAGUAGUAAAAGCUUUUGAUUGUGUGCCUGCGAUGCGUGGAAUUGCUAUCGGGCAAGUGAUUUGUGUUAUAUACAUUUCCACGUAUUACUCAUCAAUUUUGGCAAUGACGUUGAGAUAUUUCUUCUAUUCAUUCAAUUCUGUUCUUCCUUGGAGUGAAUGUAAUCCAGCAUGGUCCGAGCCAUGCUAUCCAUCAAGUGGAAGCAGUUUGAAUCAAACGUUUGAAAAUGGCACAAGAUCAUCAGCUGAGCUUUAUUUUCUAAAGGAAGUCUUACAAGCAAAGGAAAAUAUCAACGAUGGAAUUGGAUGGCCUAUUCUUAAUCUUUUUGGAUUUUUAGUCUUAGUAUGGAUAAUGGUCUUUUUAAUUCUUAUAAAAGGAGUCAAAAGUGCAGGAAAAGCUGCAUACAUUACCGGCAUUGCACCAUUCAUUCUUCUUAUAAUUUUUCUGGUUCGUGCAUUAACACUGCCAGGCUCAAUUGAUGGCAUCGUGUAUUUUUUCACACCAAACUGGAAAGAUGUUUUAAGUGCGAAAGUUUGGUAUUCAGCAGCGACUCAAUUGUUCUUCUCACUUAAUGUGUUCCUUGGUAAUAUCAUUAUGUAUGCAUCGUAUAACAAAUUUGACCACAACAUUUAUAGAGAUGCUAACAUUGUUACAACGAUAGACACAUUUACAUCCAUAUUAUCUGGUUGUAUAUCUUUUGGCAUUGUUGGUCAUUUAAAGCACGAGCUUAAAGUUGACGAUAUCAAGAAAGUAUUCAAAGGUGGUCCAGGCUUAGUAUUUGUAACUUAUCCAGAAACACUAUCGAAAUUCCAAUUUGUCCCACAACUUUUUUCGGUUCUGUUCUUUAUAAUGCUUUUCAUCCUUGGAAUGGGAAGUAUCAUUGCUAUGAUGACAUGCGUUAUCACUGUCGUUCGUGAUCAAUUUCCAAAAGUAAAGUAUUGGCAAGCAGCAUUAGGAUAUGCUAUAUUUGGUAUAGGCUGUGGAACUCUUUACAUAACACCAGGAGGUCAAUCAGUAUUAGGCUUAGUGGAUCAUUAUGGAUCAACAUUUGCAGCUUUUAUUUUAGCAUGGUUUGAACUUGUUGCAUUUUGUUACAUGUACGGUGUCAAAAAAAUAUGUAAAAAUCUUGAAUGUAUGUUGGGAUUUGAACCUGGUCUAUACUGGAAAGCAUGUUGGUAUGCAAUUACUCCAAUAAUCAUGGGAGCAAUCGUUCUUUAUACCUUAAUACUUUAUGAGCCACCGACUGAUAAUGGACAAGAUUAUCCUUCAGUAGCACACAUUGUUGGAUGGUGUAUAACAACGUUAGCGGUGAUGUGGCUUCCACUUUUACUAGUUAUUGAAAUUAUAAAACAGAAGAAAGACUGUUGGAUCCAGAAAAUAAAAGGAGCUUUUCUCCCUAAAGAAAAUUGGGGACCAUUAAAGACUGAAAACUAUGCAAAAUACAAGGAAUUUAUUAAAAAUGACUAAUUUUAUCGAGAUGACUCAUUUUAUAAAAUAGAAUGUUAUUUUUUUUAAAAAGUAAAUUAAACCGGUUUUAAAGCUUUAUGAGUCUGUAUGGGGUCGUUCACUUAUGACGUUCAAAAUUAACGGUCAUUUUUCAAAAAAGAACAAUGGAUUUCCAAGAAUUUCUAUCGUU